UGAAGCCCCGUCAAAUUUCUGGCUUCUGGGUAUAGUUUCUUAGUGUAAUUGCUAUGGAAAACGAAUCUACGUGGAGCUCCGGGACGAUAUUUGUGUGUGACUUGCACAAUGAGUUUUAUCUGCUUUCCAUGAGAAUUUAACAAAAUAUGACUUUCAUAAUGCAAAAACUGCAUCGCGGAAUGCUUGAGGCAACAUUUAGCUUCUUAAAGCUGUGCAUUAGAGAUUUUGAUGGUGCAACAAAUCUUCAUUGGAAUGAACUUAUCUGACUGAAGAUAGAUUUCUCACUAACAAUGGGCGCACUAAAGUGCGAGCAGAUUCACUUUGUUCUUAUAAUUAAUCGUCAAAGGAAGCUCAGGUUGUCAAAAUGGUACUCGCCGUAUUCACAGAAGGAACGAACUAAGGUCAUCGGAGAAAUCAGUGGGCUAGUGCUCCGUAGGGGUCCUGAGAUGUGCAGUUUCUUGGAAUGGGGGGCUUUAACCGUUGUUUACAAAAGCUACGGGAAUCUCUUGUAUAUCAUGUGCAUUGAUCCUGACGACAAUGAACUCGAAGCGCUCGAAUUAAUUGAUCAUUAUGUGCGGAAUUUGGACCGCCAAUGUGGCAUAGCUUGUGAGUGGAUGCUCACAUUUUACUUCGCUUGGGCCUACCAAGUCUUGGACGAGCUGGUGAUCGCCGGCCAAAUUCAAGAAACCAGCAUUAAAACAGUUGUAGGGCUGGUGCGUGCGCAGGAUCACCUUGAGUGGGCUGCAAGAGAAGAGACACAUUCAAUAAGCAGCAAAAUCCUGGGGACAGACACGAUCGAUAUAUUAGAUUUAUGAACCCCAGGAGCAUAAUCUCUGCCCCAGCGAAAAACAGAAGAAACCAGACAACUGAUCAACGAAGGGUGCUAUGCCAAGGAAUAUUGAAAAGACUCUUCAGUUUCCGUCAAUGAAAAUUAUGCAAGAGCAAGGCAAAUCUUCUCCAGUGCUUCAAGUUCAACAGGACUGCAAAUAGCAAUUUGGACCCCCCCACCCACGUAAUGUGGAUUCAUUC